AUGCAACGGAAAGACUCAAAAGCGAGCGGCGCAUCGCAGGGUGUCACUGCCGUGUACCAGCGCGGCAGGGACGACGACAGCCUCUGGGAUGACGCCGAUCUCGUGCGCCUGUGGAAUGCGCAGCUGGAGCAGCAGAAGGAGAAGGAGGAGGAGGGUGCGGUAGCGACAAACAAUGCAUUGCGCCCUGGGUCGUCGGAUAACGGCAGCGUCAUCCCCACCACUGAAAAUGAUGAUGAGGCUGGGACGGAGGACACCUCUUCCUCAUCAUUGUCUGCCUCACCCGCGAGGGUGACGGACGCUGCAGGUGCUGCUGCGGUGUUGGCGCCAACGCCGAUGCUGCAGGGUGACCUUGGCGGCCUCCCGCCGGAAAUCCAGCGCGUGGCUGUGGCGUAUUACCGCGCCGGCUAUGAGGCUGGCCACUACGUUGGCGUGCGCGAGCAAAAGGAGAAGAGAAACCCCCCAAAAAGGACGCGCAACAGCUAG